CAGUGCUGCGCUCGCGUCAAGCAUCUCAGCAUGGCUGGUCUGUGGACAGUGCUGCUGACCGCACUGUGUCUGGCACAGACCGGCUCCACCCACUAUAGCCACUCUGUCCGACACAGCACCCGCGACUGGCCAUGGGUGAACCCGUGGACCCAACUCCUUCUCGCCAAAAAAGACUUUGACCGGCAGGAAUCUCUGCUUCACGGGCAGGGUGACAGGCAUGCGCCUACGAACCUCAGCCGCGGCGUACCAACGAAAAUGGAGCUAGAGUUUGGCGACGACACCUCGGCACCGACCGACGCCCCCGAAGGGCCCAGCCGGCGAGACCAGGCCAUCGCCAAGGCCAUCGGCCCCUAUAUCAGCCCCAUCGCCAACGCCAACAUCAGCCCCGCCUGCCUGGACAGCACUCUGGCCUACCUGCUCAACAUCCUCAACAAACAGUGGGCCCUGCAGAUGUUCGACGCCACCGGCAAGAUGCCCGACGGCGUGCUGGCAGGCAACCUUAGUCCCUGGGGAAACUGGGACGAGUGUCUGAACAUUACGGCACAUUUCAAUGCCACCGACAUCCUCGGCGUCGAGCCAAAUGUCACCACCUUUACCGGAAAGUACUGCCUUGCCUUCCUGAGCAAAGCAAGAGGGUCGAAGAGUGCGCCUCUGUUCAAGCCACCGCCGGCCGCCGGUGUGGCACUGGCACCAUUUUUGCCCAUUCUCCCAGACGGGGUAGACCUGGACAUCGGGAUGUGCAUUCCCUCCACAUGUACAAGUGAGGAACUCACAGUGGGUCUCAACAUGGCAUUCAUGGGGAAAGUAACGGCUGGUGCACCAGACUUCUUCUGCUACACCAAAGAUGACAAGACCGAGUUAUCUGCAGGGGCCAUCGUCAUGACCACCAUACUAUCGCUAACGGGCCUGCUCAUGCUCGUGGGGACCACGGUGGACAUUGUCGCUAUCAAAGCCGCGCAGGACUCCGAAGCGUUGUGGGCUCGCGUCAACAUAGCACUCCAGCGGACUCUUCCCGCCUUGCUCCGCAGGGUGUUCCUAGCGUUCUCUGUGUACACCAAUGGUCGAAAACUGCUGGACACUUCCUCCACUCGAGAUACUCUCAGUUGUCUGCACGGCAUACGCUUCCUGUCCAACACAUGGGUGAUUCUCGGGCAUACGUAUUAUUUUCUUUUAUUUUUCAAGCAUCAAAACAUAACAACGGUUUAUACAUACCUGGGCGAUGUGGCUUUUCAAGCUAUAUCUAACGCAACGGUCUCCGUGGACUCAUUCUUCUUUUUAAGCGGUCUCUUGGUCGCCUACAUCGCUAUUCGCAGCAUUGAAAAAUCGCACGGAAAGCUAAACAUCGUCAUGUUUUACGUCCAUCGCUACAUUCGCCUGACACCCGUGAUGAUGCUAAUCAUCGGUUUUAUUUCAACACUGUACGCCUAUCUCGGCACUGGACCAUAUUGGGGGGCGGCCAACAUGGGAACCCCUCAGAUUUGCCGGGACAACUGGUGGACGAAUAUGCUCUACAUCAACAACCUGGUAGACAUGGACAAGCAAUGUGUGGGGCAGACUUGGUACCUGGCGAACGACAUGCAGAUGUUUAUCUUCUCUCCAUUGGUCCUUCUCCCUCUUCACCACUGGCCUAAGCUGGGGCAGCUGUGGAUAAUCUUUCUGGUCUGUUUCUUCACUGGCAUUAACGCCAUGGUUACAGCGGUCCAUAAGAUAGGACUUCCUGGAGGGGACAGUGGUGAUCUGCGCUACAUGAAGCCGUGGACAAGGGCUGGACCUUACUUGGUGGGGCUGUAUAUGGGGUGGAUUCUGCACAAGAUUCGCGGCCGUAAGAUUCACCUUCCAGCGCCUGUGGUCGCCAUCGGCUGGAUCACGGCUUCCCUCACCGGCUGCCUCAUCGUGUACGGCAUGUACGGAGUGCCCAGCCCACCACCGAAAACUCUCAAUUUAGUAUACGCCAUGCUGAACCGCACCGCCUGGAGCAUCUGCCUGGCCUGGGUGGUGUUUGCAUGCGUCACUGGAUACGGAGGCUUUGUUAACACACUUCUCUCCUGGAAGGCAUUUAUUCCACUCAGCAAGCUAACCUACACUUCCUACCUCGUGUCUAUUGACGUUCAAGUAUACUAUUGGUACACAAACAAGGCACCGGUGUAUCUAAGCCAAACUUUCAUAGUGUACCAGUUUCUUGCUUCCCUGCCCAUCAUUUUCGCUGUGGCUGCAAUCUUCUCAUUGGCCUUCGAGUCGCCGAUGAUAGCGCUGGAGAAGAUAAUUUUCCCGCAGCCGUCGAGGGCGGCGCCGGCGGCCCCUGCGCGCCAGGACGCGGCUCAGCCAUUGGUCAGUUCUACUAAGCCCGGCCGAAGCGGCGCCGUCAACGCAGGCUUCGAGGCAGACGGCGGCGUUGUGGAAGCAAAGCAAGCCGGGACUGACUCGGCUCCGGAGAACAUCACGCCCGCGGAGGGGAAGACGGUGUAGCAGAGAAGUCCCACAAGCCCGACCCCUCACAUCUAGUGACGUAAAUCACUGAUGUGCUGGGGCGAUGUGCAUACAAGUCGGAGGCAUCCCGUGGUUGGAUCUUUUACCUUUCUAGGAGUGCCAGCGUGAAAACGAGUAUAUUUCUACAGUACGUGUGCGACAUGGAAUACAUCUUUUAACACGGAA